CGGAUAGCGCACCAUUUUGUUCGGCAACGUCCACGCGGACAUCGGCGGACGCGAGGAUGCAUCCUGACUUGAGUGGAUUCUACAAAACUCCCGUGACGUAUGCGUACCUGUCGGCGACCGGCAUGGCCUCAGUGGCAGCGUUGUUUAUGGAUAUGCGUCAUCAAUUGACCCUCGAUUUAGUCAGCGUCACCAAGCUCUCGCAGUACUGGCGAUUGUUGACCUGUCACUUUGCCUUGGACAAUGGUAUUGCCGUGGCGUUUGGCAUGUACGUGCUGUUUCAGUUCCGCGUGAUCGAGCGCCAGUUUGGUUCCAACAAGUUUGGCACGUUCAUUAUCCUUGUCCUGCUUACGUCGACGGCUCUGCAAGUGUGGCUCAAGCUUCCAACGACGCCAGGACCUUACCCGUUGAUUGGAGCUCUUGCAGUAAUUUACUACCACAACGUUCCGCUGUUGCAGCCGCGCUUGUACAGUUUGCUGGGAUUGAAUGUGACGGACAAGUCAUCGAUUUACGGCUUGCUGUCUCUGGUGUGCUUGCGAUCGUAUUCCACUGCGUUCCCGUUUGCAACGGGGGUGUUGGUUGGUCUCUUGUACCAAUCCAAGUACCUUCCGCUGUCGAAGCUGCGAGUGCCUGGCUUUCUCGCGUGGUUCUUUGAAGUCUUCCAUCCCAUCUUUAUGGUUGUGCCAGCGACAGUUCUCCAACAGCAACGUCAACGACACCUGUUGGAAGCCCAGCGUCGUCAAGCGACAGCUAUAGGUCGCGGCCAUUCGCACCAGGAGGUUGGCCAUGGCUUCCGAGAUCAGUUGAUUCCAGGAAUGGGCCAAGCCCCAUUCCAUCAACGCAUGCCGCCGUCGGAAGAUGCGAUAUCCCAAUUGACGGGACUGGGGUUUGACCGUGACCGAGCGAUCGCAGCGCUGCAAGCGAGCGACAACAACGUCGAAGCGGCGGCGAACCGCCUGCUCAAUGCCACAUAACUCAAUUGACUGCAAGGUUAUUUCCAUCA